AUGUCGAAUUACCAGGGCUCGUCAAUCCAGGCCAAUAGAGGGUACAAUUGGGACGGCUUUCGCCAACAAGCACUCAAUGUAGCGGAUAGCAUAGACAAACAGUAUGGCAUCCCUGCCCGUAACAAAAUUGUCGCAGUCGGGAGUGUAUACCCUUUCACAACAACCCUAGCUGUUACAUUUGGGGCGCUUUCUUUUUUCCCAGUUAUCACUUUCCUAACAUUCUCAUUCUUCACUCUCUUCAUUUUCCUGCUAUCUGGCUUGGCCACGGCCCUUGUUCUGGCAGGAAUCGUUAUACUUGGAGCAUGCAUUAUACUACUUUCUGUCCUUUCUUUCGCCCUUGGCUUUGCCUUCUUCUUCUCUAUCAGCGGACUCAUAGUCUAUCUCGCCUAUCGGCUCGCUUUCCAUGUGCAAGCCAAUGAGGGAGGAGGGGUGGGAGCCUGGGUAGAAGAAACGUUGCUGAGGCUCAAGUUGGUUGAUAUUAACGAGGUACGGGAGACACUUGCUUCCAAAGGAGAGAAAAAGUAUCCCGAUGGAAAAGUUGAAUAA